AUGUCGCCUGUGAAGGACACUGUAGGGAGCGCGGGCGUGGAUGUGACUACAGGAGGAGUCAUCGUGAUUCCAGGCAGGGGGGUAAUUACCGCACUGGAGGAUGAGGUCGACCCAGUUGCGGAUGCCAGGCUGGAGCUAUUAAUGCUAGAAGAGGAGCUCUCUCCGCUCGAAGUCGAGGCCGUCUCCCUACCAGAGGACGAGCUUGAGCCGGAUCCAGAUGUUCCAAGACUUGACGACGAUCCAGAGGCUGAAGACCCAUUACUGGAACCAGCAGCCUGGGUCGAUGAUGAGGACAAUUGCACAAUGCUGAUCGUCGUUCGAAUGACAGUAAUGAACGUUGUCGAGCUCAGAUCAAUGGUGCUGGUGAAUGAAGUCGUAAUCUCGGAUCCAGCGGUCGUAUUCGAAGUCAAGGCGGUAGAGAAUGAGCCUACACUUGACAAGUUCCCAUUUGUGGCUGGGUCUUGUGCCGACAGUGUACUUCCAGGAGCGCUGCUGUCCCCUGAAAAUGACGGAACCACACUCGACGUGCUGUUAGCUGGAAAAGGCGGAAUCAUGCUCAAUGUGCCAUUUGCCGAGAAUGCUGGUACCAUGCUCAAUGUGCUGUUUGAAGGAAAGGCCGAAGUCAUGCUUGAUGGGUUGAUGCUGCUGAUCGACUGCAUGAUGGAGGCGCCCGAAGUCGACGAAUUGGUAUCGGCAGAUGGCGCAAUUCCUGCACUUGUCGAGCCAGGAUAUGACGAACCCGAAGAGGACGAACCAGGGGAGGAAGAACCUGAAGCCAGACUUGAGGAGACAAAAGUGGGUGGAGGUUGCGAGGCCGACGUAUUAGGACUUGGUUGGCUCACAGACACCUCACCCGGAACAACUGAUGUAGAGGACACCUCAACCGAAAUGACUGAUGUAGAGAACGACUCAGUCGAAGUCACCGAUGCAGAUGAUGUCUCAGCUAUAGUCACAGAUGUAGAGUUGAUACCACCAUAA